AAAAUACAUUUAUUUAAAAUUUUCAGAAUUAAAAAAAAAAUUAAAAUGGAUUUGAUGGAUUCUGACGAUGAUCUGGACGAUGUUGGGAGCAAGGGUGGAUUCAAUAUCAAUACCGAUUAUGCUGACAGAUACAACGAUUGGCGAGGUAAAGAAGUUUUGCAGCGGUUGAAGGAUAAACACGGUGAGGUUCCUGAAUCAGAUUCCUCUGAAUCUGAAGACGAGGAUUCCGAUGCUGAAGAGCUAACAGAGGAAGUAGAGAAAAAUUUCUUCAAAACUCUGGCGUCUCUUAAAGCCAAGGAUCCAAAAAUCUACGACAAAGAAACCAGUUUCUUCCAGGAGAAGGAGGAGGGGGAAAAGAAGGAAAAGAAAGAGAAAAAGGAGAAAAAGUUUACAAUCGGAGACUUGGAGCGGAAAGUUAUUCUUGAAAAGGGUGGUAAGUUUGAAGAAUUAGAAGAUGAAGGCCUUAAAUACGACCAGGGGCAAACCUACGCUGCAGAACUCAAGGGGAUUCAAGAGAGUCUACAGAAGGAAGCAGCUGAAUCAAGUGAUGAGGUAAUAUAUAGUAAUUUAAUUAUAUCUAAUACGGUUGAUCCUACCUUGGAGGCGUCUAUGUCAGGAUUAAAAAGUUUCUGGUCCAACAAAGAACUCGACUCGGGGGAAAAAUUUCUGAAGGAUUACCUGCUGAAUAAGAGAUAUCUGGGGAACGAAGACAGCACCUAUGUACCAACCUACGAUCAGAUUGUACACGACAGCGACGAGGGGUUGAGUGAAGAUGAAAGAAAUGUGGAAAAACAGGAAGAGUUCGAACAUAAAUUUAACUUCAGGUUUGAGGAACCUGAUGAGGAAUUUAUCAAGAGAUAUCCCAGAACUAUCAAGGAUACUCUUAGACAAGCAGACGACAAGAGAAAGAAAAAGCGUAAGGAGGUUGAGGAGAGGAAGGCGGAGGAAAAGAGGCAGAAGAAAGAGGAGUUGAAGAUGUUGAAGAGUAUGAAGAAGAAGGAGAUCCUGGACAAACUGGACAAACUCAAGAAGAUUACAGGAAACCAGGAUAUGGAACUCAGGGACGAGGAUAUCGACGGAGAUUUUGAUCCAGUUGAAUAUGAUAAGAGGAUGCAAGAGAUAUUUCAGAAUUAUGAUACUUUAGAAGAAGCGGAGGAUCAGAAACCAGAGUUCAGUGAUCUUGAGGACGAAGAAUACGAGGAGGAAUUGGAGACUGAGAACUGGGAUAACUGGACAGGAGGAGGAGCAGGUUCUUCUCAGAAAGAUGAUGAUGAUUUUAAUAUGGACUGUGAUUAUGAUCCAACUGCACCAGUGAGCUUAAGCCUACAACAGGAGCUGGUUGAAUCUACGCGCGGUAGAAAGAAUUCGCGAAGAAGAUCUAAAUUUGCACGCGCCUUAGAGGAGAGCCAGGCCAAACCUCUCUUCAACCCUACCGAUAAAACAUUUGAGGAGUACGUGGAUGAAUAUUAUAAACUUGAUUGCGAAGACAUUAUUGGAGAUCUCCCUUGCAGGUUUAAGUACCGGACUGUACAGGCGAAUGAUUUCGGUUUAAGCACGGAGGAAAUACUUACAGCAGACGAUAAGGAAUUAAACGCCUGGGUCUCUCUCAGAAAGACCUGUCAAUACCGGGGGGAAGAGGAUGAGCGUAGAGAUGUGCAUGUUUAUAAAAACAAGGGAAGCAACCCCAACUUGAAGAAGAAGAUUCUCCCGAGCUUGUUCAACAAGAAGGACGGGGAGCAAGGGGAGGACGUGGAGGCUGUGGAGGCUGACGAGGAAAAGAAGGACUGUGAGGUGAAAAACUCCGAUGGCAAAGUCAAAAAGAAGAAAAAGAAAAAGAAGACAAAGCGCAAGGCUGUGGACAGUGCUGAAAACAAUGAGCCAGGCGCAAAGCGGCAGAAAUUAGAUAAUAAAAUACCUCAAAGCAAAAACCCCUUCAGUGUCAAAUCUAACAAUAAUCCUUCAAACACUAAUAAAGUCCUUCAAACUUACAAACAAAACUCAAAAACCAACAAAAUUUCAAAUCCGCCAAAUAUUCGAAAAGAUCCGCCAAUGAAGAUACCAGGAAAUCAUCCAAACAAGAAAGCAGCCCCGGGCAGUGAAACAGCUGAUGCGGCUGAAGGAGGAAAGAAGAAGCGAAGGUCAAAGAAGAAGGGUGGGAAGAGUGGAACCACUAUAGUCCCAAGUAGUAAGCUUGCUAAAAUAUUCCAGAAAACUUCAGUUAAACCAAUAACGGAUGAUAGAUUGAAGGCCUACGGACUGAACCCAAGCAAAUUCCACAAAGCGGCAAGAAAAGAAAAAUAUAAACAACACGAGAACAAAAAACAGAAUUAACAUUUUUUAGAAAUUAAUUUUCUUAAU